UCUCCCGGUGGACCGACCCGUGAUGAGAUCCUAUGCGCGGGACCAUAACAUUCUCAUUGUUUUUUUUUUGUCUAAUACUGAACUUGGAUGAAAUCCGAAAACCGAUACAUCCGAUCGAACUUGAACUCAGAAUGGUCUCUCAUGCAUCCGAUGGGAGUUCGGAUUAAAUUCGGAUGGAGGGUUUUCAUUCUCGAAUCAAACCUGGAUUUAUGUACAUCCAAUCAGAGUUCAAUCCGAUUACAGGCCUACAUUUCCGUAAAGGAUGAUAUUUUGGUUGGCCAAGAUGGUGUCUUCGGCUUUCACUGGCUGAGACCCCUGUGAGUCGAUGGUCAUUAGUGAGAAUGUGAGAUUGUUGGUGUUCAUUAAAUUGGUAAUUUUGGGCAUUCCUUGUUUGGUGAUCGAGUAUCCCUCUUAUUCAUCAAGGGUCCAGGUUUGUUAGUGAUUUAUCAUCUUAUAUUGUAUAUUGAUUUCGGUUGUUCUAUAAUUCUCCACAUGCAUUAACUGGUUUGUUCUAAUUAUCCGCCAAACGUUUAUUACAGUUUGACUGCAUUAAGCCAUUAACUAUUCUUUCAUCAUCAUUUGGUUUAUUCAUCUGACUUCCACGAAAGUCAAAUAUGGUUCCCAUACAGAUAAAUCGUUGCAUUCUAAUUGUUUGUUAUGAGAACCGAUAGAAUAGAAGAAAGCUCUAGUUCCAGUCUACCUUUUGUGCCAAAUACAAGGAAGUGGAAGGUGAAAAAAAAAACAACCUAGUCUUCCCUCUAUGUGAUUUAUGUCAAAAAAAAGCCAUCACACUGUCGUUUCUUCUUUCUUCUUAUUUUCCAUAUAGCAAGUAGCAACCCCAGACCCUUUCUUCUUCUUUUCCUGAAAUAGGUGUCACAAGCCUAAUCUAGGUAACCGAGACCAAGGCAGUGCUGCUUGGCAAGGCUGACUUCUCCUUGUUGCUCAACAACCUGGUUGAUGUUGAGAGUAGAUGAUACCGUUUUUCCGGUGUAACCUUAGUUUUCAGUGUUGCACAUGUCUUGUAUUAGCGUUAUUGACGUACCUUCAUGUCUAAACAAGAAAAACGCUGGGGCUUAUUGGACAAAACUCAUGUUGCAUCUAAUCUAUCACAUGGAAAAUUCCUGGGUGAUCUAGAACACUUAAUUUAAUUUAUCUCUAGCACCACCGUGUCCUUUACUUUUCUUUUAUUAUUUAAUGGACACACACACACACAUUCUCAUGCAUCUUGAUUUUUAAUAUUGAUUUUGAUGUCAUCAUAUUCGAUGUUCUGUUGCCUAGUAACCACACGGCUUCUUUCAUAAUCUGUGAAGAAGAAAAUUAUGGGACCAAGAUGGAAGGGGAAAGAUUCAGAAGCUCGAGCUCUUGCAGAACCCAUGUCAGAAAUUGUCCAACAACUUCAAUCAUGUCUAAUUCAUUCCAAGACACGUGGCUUGCUCUUGGGUUGUAGUGUACUUCUUGGAGCAGGGGCUGAUUGUAUGGAUUUGCUGAUCCGUGCAUGUUUUGGUCAACCCAUCAUCACAGCUGAGAAAGAUAAGCAAUGGUUUGAGUUGAGUCUGGAAGAGUCUUUUUACCUCUUCCACUCUCUCAGAUGUCUUGAGAUUGCAGGGGAAGAUAAGCGUUUGAAAAAUGAAGAUGAAAUAUGGCAGUAUAUAAUAUCCAAGAAACCUGCAUUUCCUUAUUUCUAUAAAGCUUACUCCCAUCUACGUGAUAAGAAUUGGGUUGUGCGUUCAGGUUUUCAGUAUGGUGUAGAUUUUGUUGCUUACCACUACCAUCCAGCUUUGGUGCAUUCAGAAUAUGCCAUCCUUGUUCUAUCAGAAGGCAGUGAUGAUGUGAAUGGCCGGCUGAAUGUGUGGUCUGAUCUUAAAUGCAUGGUUCGGUUAUGCGGCAGUGUUGUGAAGACAUUGUUAGUUCUUAGGAUCAAUAGAAGUGAUGGUUACCUUGCAGUUUCCCCUUUAUGUUUGGAAAAAUGCAAUGUUGAGGAAUAUACGAUCACAAGAUGGAAUCCAGAGCAAUGUCGUGAGGAGAAGACAAUAAAUAAAAGAACUGGCGUCUGUAGGAUGGUUUCUAGAGCUUGCAACAAUAACGCAAAAAUGAGGGUGGGAGAUGUGAAAUACCAAGAAGAAAUUGCCCAAGAUAAUGGACAAAGGCAUAAUGCAGAUCCAGAAGAAGAAAAAGAAAAACUGGAAAAGUUAAAAUUCUAGAAGAAAUGAAGAAAAACAUGAAGACAUCUAUGGUAGGUGGUACCCACAAUGACAAGCUCCCUCUAGCGCUUGUCAGACUUUGGGGUGUCUCCCCCAAGCCCAUUCAUUGUUCUGAUCAAAACAAGAGUGGUACUGGUACGAUUUGUCAGCAAGGCACUUGUUUUGACCGGAUGGAUUGCUCUCCCUCUCCUUGUGUUAUCUAAAUUGCGGUUCCCUACACACAAACCACUGGCUCGAGAAUUUAUUGAAUUAUAAGAGGGGUUACACCUUGACCUUGUUUUCAUUUAUCCGCCUUUGAAACAAUAAUGAGCUCGCCCCACUAUAUUCAUUCUACCUACCCAAGGAGAGAAACAUACUUUUAUGUCUCAGACUCUCAGCAAUAGCUGUGAUUUGAUUCGGGAUUUGUUUGUGUGAUAUCCAUCUCUUCGGAGGUGGAGACAACCCAUUGGCUAUUGGGAGGCAAAAAAGAGUAAAGACCAGGCUCCAAAGUGAACAUACAUACUGUCUGGAUGGAUUCCUUGAUCUGACAAAGUCCUUUGGCAAAUAUUUAUGCCAGAUUCAAUUUCUUUUGGUUCUAUUUCUGCACUGAAUCCUUUCGAAGCCGAGGCCCUGGCACUAAAUUCUCAUUCAGGCAGUAAUCAAGAAUUGUGGCUCGGGUCAAAAGGUUUGUGGCAAUUGUCGCUUUAGUGUCAAAGUGUAGACAUUCUGAUUUUGUGAACAGGGGUGGUAAUUCUGUUGCACAUAGUGUAGCCCCAAGAGGUUUGUGGGACAGGGGGGGAGGUGGGUGGGGUUGGGGGUUCUUUGGCAAUUUUCCUUCCUGGGUCAAAAGCCUCUUAGGGGUCUCUUGAUAUUUGUAUCCUGUUUUGUCUUGCUUUGUUCUGUUAAUGAAAUCUCUUGAUUGCGAAAAAGAGGGAAAAAAAAUCCAUGCCAGAUCGGACGAAUCCAUGGCAAAUGUAUUCUUGUUGGUGAAGGGCGUGGGAGACUCGGACUGCAUGUUCUGUCCGUAGAGGCUAGAGCUCUUGUCCUGCAUGAGACUUUAGUCCUCUCAUUUCAUGUAGAGCUCCAUGCAACAGUAAUACUACUGCUGAAAGCAUGGCUAUUUGGACGUACCACAUGGCGAGAGAGCCUGUGGACAGACUCAGCAUUAUUAUGGUUUAUGGAUGUAGGGUCGGGUCGGUGAAUGGUGGUGCCCUUACAGGUUGCAUUUGUCUUUAUUUUGACUACCGUUAUGUAACAGCGGUGCUCCAAGGCUUCAACUCCUGCGGGACUCUUAAUUAUCAAUCAAAAAUAAAUAAAUGG